AUUAGCGGUUCCCCAUCCAUCCAUGAGUCCAGCCCAAAGAGUAGUAUAAUAUAUAACUCCAAGCAGGGUUUUACCCAGUUCCAGGUUUAAUUUAUUUAGUUUUUUUUUUAUAUUUAUUCUAGUAGGAUUCAUUGAAGUUAUCUGCAAGUAAAACCAUUUUUUAAGAAUUUCAAUAAAAAAUACAAGAAACUAAUUAAGAAAUGGACCAACCCAUGUCUCUAGAAGACAUUGAAGCAAAACACAGGAAGGAAAAGAAAGAAUUGCAAGCUCAAAUACAAGGCUUGAAAAAAAUAGCUAAAAACGAUAAGACUAAGAAAAAAGAAUUAACAACGGAAGUAGCUAAAUUAGAGUCUGAACUAGAACUCCGCCACAAGGAGGAGCUGGCUGCGCUUGAGAAUGCACCAGAGGAUGACGACACUGCAUCUCUUGAAGACGAAGAUGAAGUACCCAAAGUAAAGGUUAGUAAAGCUCAAAAACGACGGGAUAAAAAGGAACAACAGGAAAAAGAAAGAGCAGAACAAAUAAUUUUACAAGAAAAGGAAAACCGACAUGGACCACGAAAUAUUGAAAUACAAUCAAUAAUGAAUAAAUUAAAAGAAAGGAAGUUGUCAAUAUUCUCAAUAUCUUCUGACGGGGAUUGCCUUUAUCAAGCUGUGGCUCAUCAACUACUUGCUACUAGAUCUAAAACAGUGUCGGUAGAAGAUCUGCGGAAACAGGUUGCAACUUUUAUGAGACAAAACAAAGAAGAUUUUCUCCCAUUUAUGAGCAAUCCAAAUACAUUUGAAAUGCUCACUGAAAGUGAAUUCAAUGAUUAUUGUGAUGAGAUUGUAAACACCAAGGUGUGGGGUGGCCAGUUGGAGAUUCGAGCAUUAUCUAAUUCCUUGAAAUGUCCCAUCAAUGUAAUCCAAGCCUCUGGGCCAGAGUGUAUAGAACAAGGAGCAGAGUUUGAAGGACCUCCAUUAAUCAUCACAUAUCAUAGACAUAUGUACAAAUUAGGGGAGCAUUAUAACUCAACCCAGGCAAUAUGUGAAAGUGAUAGCUAAGAUGAAUUUUAGUUUCACUCUCUUACAAUGUUUAGUUUACUUUUUACUAUGUAUUUUGUUAUUUUAUUAAAUUGCUAUACUUUC